AUGGCCACCUACCUGGAGCUGCCCACCCGUGCGAGGAUGCCCAUCCUGGGACUGGGGACCUGGCAGUGUCUCCACGGAACAGCGAGAGACGCGGUGAGAUUUGCCGUCGAUGUUGGGUAUCGCCACUUCGACUGUGCCUACCUGUACCAGAACGAGGGUGACAUCGGGCAGGCACUGCGAGAGAAAAUGGAGCAGGGGGUUGUGAGACGAGAAGAUCUCUUUAUUGUCAGCAAGCUGUGGUCUACCUUCCAUGAGAGAUCCCUGGUGAAGGAGGCAUGCCAGAAAACACUUGCUGCCCUCCAGCUGGAUUAUUUGGAUCUCUACCUGAUGCACUCGCCCAUGGGAUUCAAGGCAGGAGAGGAGCUGUAUCCUGUAGAUGGAAAUGGCAUGAUCAUUCCCAGCAACACAGACUUUCUGGAUACGUGGGAGGCUAUGCAAGAGCUGGUGGAUAUGGGAAUGGUGAAAGCCAUUGGAGUUUCCAACUUCAACUGCCAACAGCUGGAUCGGCUCCUGAGCAAACCAGGCUUGAGAUACCAACCUGCAAAUAAUCAGAUUGAGAGCCACCCUUGCCUUCCUCAGGAAGAGCUGGUUAAGUUUUGCCAAUCCAAAGGGAUCUCUGUCACUGCAUAUUGUCCCCUUGGAGCACCCAACUGGCCAUGGUCCAAGCCUGGACACAUUUCCCUUUUCGAUGACCCUCAGAUUAAGGAAAUCGCACUCAAGCACAACAAAACUCCAGCUCAG